CGUAAUUUUAAGGUAAUUCCCUGCAGCAGCCACUCCUCUCUCUGCGUCUCGAGCCUCCGGACUCCGGAGCAGUUGAAGAAUUCGUCUUUUCCAUCUCCUUCUAAGAUGGCGAGCAAUGUUAUCAUGUUCGAGGAUAUCUUCGUGGUCGAUAAGCUAGACCCUGAUGGCAAAAAGUUCGAUAAAGUUACGCGUGUGGAAGCUAGGAGCCACAACUUGGAAAUGUUUAUGCAUUUAGAUGUUAACACUGAGGUUUAUCCACUGGCUGUUGGUGAUAAGUUCACUCUCGCUAUGGCUCCCACUCUCAAUCUCGAUGGCACUCCUGAUACCGGAUAUUUUACUCCGGGAGCAAAGAAAACACUUGCGGAUAAGUAUGAAUACAUUAUGCACGGGAAGCUUUACAAGAUCUCUGAGCGUGACGGCAAAACUCCAAAAGCAGAGCUAUAUGUUUCGUUCGGCGGGCUCCUGAUGUUGCUACAGGGAGAUCCGGCUCACAUUUCUCACUUUGAACUCGACCAGAGGCUCUUUCUACUCAUGAGGAAGCUGUGAGAUGCUGUUGUCUGUUUAUUAUCUGGAAGCUUUCGCGUAAAAACUCAAUUAACAGAGUACUUUAUCUUUUGUCCAAAAAAAAAAACAGAACUUUAUCUUAUGUUGAACUUUGCUAUUAUAUAACUUAUGCUAUGUUUAUGAAGCAACUGUUGUACAUCAACAAUUUGACUGCUCGAUCGAAGUAUGUUUGUAGCUCCGGUUUAUUGA